ACUCGUCUUCCUCACAGUGUGAGACCCAGCAUAGCAAGCGCCAUUUCCAUUAUCGUCUUCCUCUGGAGCUUUUCUCCGAAUCUGGAACAAGAUGCAUCGCCAUGAUGGCAGCCGAGUGGAUUUCUCUCAUGCGUUCGCCGUGUCAUUCGCCGGAUUUGUUGCCGUCUCUAACGCCUUGGGCCACCGACACGCGGCGUCGAAGCAGGUGGAUAAAGACCACAAGAUCAUCCCGAAGCUGGAACGGACAGAGUCUGGUCGCGUCGGAAAGCUAGAGAAGUUCUCCCAUUAUGUUGCUAGGCAAAUGGGAUUUGAAGACCCUGAGGAAGUUCCUGGGCUGUGCAAGUUGGCUAAUGACUUCCUGAGAAAAACCAAAGACUGUGAGGCAAGCAUAUACGGAUAUUUUGAUAAGGAGGAUGGAGCUGAAUCUCUUUAUGAGAUGUUGAUUCAUGAGUUCGACAGAUGCAUUCUCACUUACUUUGCUUUUCAUUGGAACCAAGCUUCUGCUGUGAUUAGUCAGGCAUUAAGCAGAGAGUCUGGGAAGAAAACUCAGCUGAAGGAGAUGCUGUUGGCUGCUACGAGGAAACAGAGGUUUGAGAGAGUAACAAAGGAUUUGAAGGUAACAAGAGUGUUCUCUACAUUGGUGGAGGAGAUGAAAGUGAUAAAAGGAGAAUCCAAAUGCACAGAUGUCAUGGUCCCAGUGGCCCUCGGUGAGAGGAGUCCUGUGCUGCUGCUCAUUGGGGGUGGAAUGGGUGCUGGCAAGAGCACUGUUCUUAAAGACAUUCUCAAAGAGCCAUUCUGGGAAAGAGCAUCGAAAAAUGCUGUGGUGGUUGAGGCAGAUGCUUUUAAGGAGUCUGAUGUUAUAUACAAAGCCCUGAAUUCUAGAGGCCACCACGAUGACAUACUCCAAACUUCUGAAUUGGUGCAUCAAUCUUCAACUGAUGCUGCAUCAUCACUGUUAGUGACGGCACUAAAUGAGGGGCGAGAUGUGAUAAUGGAUGGCACCUUAUCAUGGGAGCCUUUUGUGGAGCAGACCAUCGCCAUGGCAAGGAAUGUCCACAAACACAGAUAUCGCAUGGGAGUAGGCUACAAAGUUGCUGAGGAUGGAACUUUGACUGAAAACUACUGGGAAAAAGCUGACCAGGAAGAAGAUGCUAAUGGAGACACAGGCAAUAAGAGAAAGCCUUACAGAAUAGAGCUAUGCGGUGUGGUCUGUGAUGGUUAUCUUGCAGUUGUUAGAGGCAUCAGGAGAGCUAUAAUGACAGGGAGGGCAGUGAGGGUGAAUUCUCAGCUGAAAUCUCACAAAAGAUUUGCUAAUGCUUUUCAAAGAUACUGCAAACUUGUGGACCAGGCCAAGCUCUACAGCACAAAUGCAGUGGGUGCUCCACCAAAGCUCAUAGGAUGGAAGGAGGGAGAGCAGAAUCUGCUUGUGGAUCCUGAGGAGAUCAAGUGCUUGGAAUCAAUAGGUAAUCUGAAUGCUGAUGCUGAUUCCAUCUACGAACUGUACAAACCUCCCAGCCCUGCUCUGGGGCCUGGCUCCAUCUGGAAUGACAUAGUUUUGUCUCCUUCAAGAGAAACUCAUCAGAAAGUGUUGAGAGGUUCCAUUCAGAAGAUUGAAAAACUCCUCACAAACCAAUAACUAACCAUUGUGAAUGCCCUUGUGAUGUACCAUGAAGCUGGAAGUUAUUCUCAUUUAAGGAGUGUUGACAUGUCAACGUACUCAGUGUGUACUUAAAAUUGACAUUGUCACAGCAUAUUGAACAGACAUGUUCAAUACAUACCGUGUAUCUUAUUUGUCAAUGUUCAUGUUCUAUAAGGUUACUUAUGAGAGAUGUAGGCCGUGCCCUUGCUUUCAUGUCAAGAUGUAAAUAUAUUCGGUGUCUUUUA